UGAACCAGUCGAAUAAGCCCAAAGAAUCUGUGGUAGAAUCACGCUCGUUUGGUUGGUACCGUACCGAACGUCUUUGACGUGGAUGACUGUAGACCUGCUUCGUUUACUUUAUUCUACAGCAGCAUUUACAGUAAUAGUGUGAUAUCUUAAAAGAGAUUUGCGGUCAUCCCAUAAUCAACACAAUGCUAAUCAUCUUGAUCAAUUAAAAAUAAGAUUCUGAAACCAAAGAGGCAGUGCAUCAUCUGGUUUGUACAGUGAAACAACUGAUAGCCUGAUAUUAAAGUGGCUGUAAUUAUAUGAAGAUGGACAUUCGUUUCCUAUGACAUGAAUUAUUAAUAUUUCUGAAGGAAGAAAAUGUUAUGUACCAUAGUUUAAUUUUAAGGAAUUUAAAAAUGAUAAUGCAAGUCAUGAGGACAUAUAAUAAAGGGAUAGUUUUGAUUAUGGGAUGCUGUGCUACAGUUUGGUUGAUGUGGGAUUGGAAUUCUCCUCUUUUUGAGACCAACCCAAAAUUUGUUCAAUACUCACUUAGAAAAAAGAUUAAGGAAUAUACCUCAAUGGGACCUAUUGAGUCUGAAACAACAGUUGUGUUCAGUCAAGGCAUGCAAGGAUAUAAUACAUCCAGGAUUCCUGCUUUAGUAUAUCAUAAUGGGUAUUUCCUAGCAUUUUGUGAAGCAAGGAGAGACACACAUCGGGAUAUAGGUAACAUGGACAUUAUAGUGAGAAGGGGUCAGAAGAAAGGCUGGAAGAUAGAAUGGAGUGAUAUUAAGAAUGUAGUCUCAAUGCCAGGAAUGAGAACAAUGAACCCUGUGCCCAUUGUACAUGAAGAGUUGGACAUGUUGUUAUUGGUUUUCAUAGCAAUUCCGUCCCAUAUAUCUCAAUGGCGCUUGAUGAAAGAUGGGCUAUAUCAACAAGCAGUACUUGUAACCAGGAGUUUUGAUAAUGGUGAGACAUGGACCCCACCACAAGACAUCACAUCGACAACAUUAGCUACCAUACGUCCUCUACCUGCGUUAUAUGCCCCAGGACCAGGCCACGGUAUAAAACUCAAAUCAGGCCGUUUGAUGGUACCUGGAAACUACUUUGUGAAGGAUCAUAUAGGCAUGAAAUUGUUUGAUCUUGACAACUUUUAUAAUAAUACAAAUUAUGCAAAUGUUAUCUAUAGUGAUGAUGAUGGUAAGUCUUGGCAAGUGGGUGGCAAGAUACCAUUCUCAAGAGAAACUAAGUAUCGCUACCCCAUACAUACUAAUGAAGCAACUGUUGUUGAACUUGAUAAUGGUACCAUUAUGCUGAACACAAGGACAUUGAAUGCUGACUUACCGCGGGUACAGGCAUACAGCAAAGAUGGCGGCUUAACUUUUUCUGAUCCAGUGAUUAAACAGGGUUUAAUUGAGCCUGGAUACAAAGUAGUCGACAACUGGACAAUACCAUCAAAAGCUGCAGGUUGCCAGGGAAGUGUAAUUGGAUUUCCAAGUCCAGACCAGACUCAUCCAACCAAGCACUGGAUAAUGUUCUCAAAUCCAGCCUCAAAAAAGUUACGAAAUUACAUGACUCUGAAAUUAAGCCAAGACGGUGGGGAGACAUGGAGUACCGGUUGGAUGGUCUACAACUUCAAAAGUUCUUACUCUGACCUGACCUACUUUGAAGAUACUGACCCAUUUACAGGAAAGUUGACGCAAAAUUUUGCAGUUCUCUUUGAAGGCGGUCUGGAACUGCCUUAUGAGACCAUUAUGUUUAAAACCUUUAACUUAGAUGCUUUUUAUCGUGGCCAGGAUUUUUCUCAGAAUUUUGAGUGGAAAGUGAAGAGCCAAGAAACAUUUGAAUAAUUUUAGCUUUUCUAUGUUUAUACAGUACCACAUAUUUCCCUCAUUUUUUUUUUAUUUCUUUCUUUUUUGUAAGUAUUGUUAAUGCUGGAUUUAUAAUUUUAGGCUUUGUAAACUGAAAAGUUGUAUGUGAAAAAUUCCUGUGAUGUGACAUUAUCUUGCCAAUUUAUGUGUGUUAUAUUACAUCAUUAUUCUCAUAUAUGUUACAGAAACUUGAUAUUGUAGACAAGCAUUAGAUCAAUGAAAUUAACGUUUGUCUGUGUGUUGAGCUGUCUGUAAUAAUUACAUUGAUUGUACAUUUAAUUACAAAAAAAUAAGACAGAGUAAAUAGUAAAUACAGUAAUACUAUCCUUCAAAUAUGACACUUAAUUUGAUGGGAAACAAUUUGGGAUCAAAUCACCAAAAAAAUUAUUAUUUAGAUCUGUGUCUAUAACUUAGUUGAUUGUUUUUAAUUGGUCAUUAAAUGUUUUAAUUCAAAGUAUAAUAAGGUUUUUACAGAUUCUAACAUAUAGUAUAGAAAAAUAUAGCAAGAUAGAGAAUGAUUUUUCUUAUAUAUUAUUGGCUCAGUCGGCUACACCGUGUGAGCACUGACCGGUGGAGAUCAAUCGUUAACCUUUGGUACCCAAUUCCAUCAGUAGGGCUGAAAUGCAUGUAUAAAAAGUUUAUCGUCUGUAAGUCAUUGGUCCCAUGUAUAAUAUGGCCCAUGUGCAUGUUAAAGAAUGUAGUACACUCUUCAGGAAAGAGUAGGGGAUUGCCCCCCCCCCCCAGUGUAUUGACCAAUCACUACCAGAAGUGCUCCACAUUCUCAAACUUUCAUAGGUUAACCUUGGUGUUCACUCCAAGUAAAUUCAACCAACCAUAAAAUACUUUACAAAACUUGUCAUUUGUUUAUCUUUAAUUAUAACAAAUCAGUUGAAUUUAAUUAACAUGUAAAUGUAUUAAUCCUACCAAAGGGUAAAGCAUUGCAGGAGGUCCGACUGCUCUGAUUUUGUAUGCAAUUAAUAGAACGUAUGAUAUCCAGGGUAACUUUAGCACCUUGAACAGCUCUUUGUCAAAUCAAUAUCUGAGCUAUGUAUUUUUGGGGUUUUUAAUGCCGGGGUUCACUCCCUCACUGAAUGGACAUGAAAUGAUUGUUAUCUUGGGCCCCUUUUUUUGGAUAUUUUGAAAUGUUUAGAUACUGUAGAUCACAAAUUUUGUAAUAAUUGUAUGAAGUAUGAUGAGAUUGUUCAGUUAUAUCUGAUAUUAGUAUUUCUUAUAUGUUGGUACUUAACUAUGGAACACAAUUUAAAGAUGUAUUGUCCCAUGCAAAAUACAAACAAAAUUAUAACAAUAAUUUUUGAAAUUUACUUGCCCAUUUUGAAGUCAAAUAAAAGUUCACAACUUGAAUAUGCGAAUUUGCAGCAAAAAAAAACACUUCCAGUCACAGGAAGUGUUUUAUUAUUUUUAUUAUAAUUUUAUGGUUUCAAAAUCAGGGUGAAUCAUUUGUAAGUUACUGCAAAAUGAGCAAGUAACUUUCAAAAAUUAUUUUUUUGAUUUUUUGACAUUAGCAAUACAUCUUUAAAUCUGCAGAUAUUUAAAUUUUUUAGAUAAUAUUUUCAGUUAGUCGUAAAAGUUAGUUCUAAAAUAUAAUGUUUUAUUUCCUUUGUAUUAGGUUAUAAAACUGGUGUAUAUAAUCAUUAUAAUUACAUUGUUUAAGAAUUAUAUGAUGAAAUAUGUUAUUCUCCUUAAUAUCUUAGCUGACAUUAAUGUGUAUAUGUAAGUUUUGAACUGUACAAACAAUAUGCAGUAUGUAUAUAAUUCUGGUGAAUGGCUAUAAUAGUUGUAUUAUAUGAUUUAUCUUAUUGAUUUAAAACAAUUUAAAGACAUUUUAUUAUAAAGUAAUUUCUCAUUCUAUUUUUAUGAUGAUAUUUUUCUUGGCUAUGGCUGUAAUAGUUAUAUUAUAUGAUUUAUCUUAUUGAUUUAAAACAAUUUAAAGAAAUUUUAAUUUAAAGUAAUUACUUAUUCUAUUUUUAUGAUGAUAUUUUUCUUACCUUUUAUUUUAAUUUUUUCUUAAAUAUUUAAGUUGUUUUUUUUCUUAUGUUUAUCUCUCAUAGGAAAGUUUUAGAUGUUGGUUUAGUUGGGUUUGUAAUAUAAGAAUAUGUUAUUGAUUGAUUAAUUAUAUAUUAGGUAGGUAGUAUUCAUAUUGAUUGACUGAGUGAGUGAUUGACUAUUUAAGUGAGUGAGUGAUUGAUUGAUUGAUUGAUUGAUUGAUUGAUUGAGAAAGUGAUUGAUUGAAAAUUUAAUCCCUAUUUCUCAUUGUACAAUAGUUAUUUAAAAAAUAUAUUUUUAGUAUUUCAAGAUUUGGAAGAAGGUUGAUUGCUUUUGCAGAAAUUAAAGGAUUAAUGUGCAUUCAUAUGGUUUAAGAGUCUUUGUAUUGACAAGAUCAUGACCAGUGGUUAAUGAAAGGUUUAAGUUCAAUUUGUCUUAAUUCCUUUUCUAUGCCUGUAAAUGAGGUAUGAUUAAUUAAA